AACCCUUGGAGCGAGGGUUGCACGCUACUUCGAACAAAUGAACAACUUUUUACGUGAAAAUCUCGACACAAAUUUUCCAACUUGAUGUUAAGAUGUUGAGGAUCUGGGAAGGAGACUGCCCGUACUACGAAGCAGCAUACGUCCCUCACUGGAUUAUUUAACAACGGAUCAUAAGUUUUAAACUGAACAAUUUUUUAUUUUAGAAACCGAUGAUCAUGAUGUUUCCAUUGCAUUAGGUAUUUGUUGAAUGAUGAAGCGGGCGUGUGCACGGCCACCGCAAACGUGACCCCUCGUGGUCGCUCGAGCGGUUCAGCCCAAAGCCGAGCGACUACGACGGCCGCGCACGCGGAGUCUGCAGCCACGGACGCCCACCGCGCGCACCCCGCAUAGCCUAGUAACAUCCCUCUCGCUGACGUCGUGAUUGUCGGUUCACACGAGUCAUUUCGCCGUACCUCGUAGGUAGACGAUAAGCUGUCUGAAACUGGGAAAGACCAAAGUACCACUACACAUAUUGUGGGACUGUGGUCUGGCGGUAACAUUAAAUUAUAUCUAUGAUAUCUGUCGCAGGAGAGACGCUGAAUGGGCAGCGUCUAAUCGAGUUCCGGCUGGGCCAUGAGGCGGAGUCGGAGCAAGGGUUGGCGGUGGCGCGCGCCGAGCUACUGGUGCGCGCAGAGGUGCGCUCUCGACGGCCGCGCUUCACACUCUGGGCCUUCACUGUAGCGGGCAACGGCAGCGAGACGCGCGUCGGUCCGCUGGCGGGCGCGGCACGUGGCGCAGGACGCGCGUGGCAGCGACUGGACGUGACGCGCGCUGCGCGGCAGUGGGCGGCGCGGGGCGCGCGUGCUCCCCUGCGCCUGUUGCUCGACUGCAGCGGGUGCGCCGGGCGCGUGCGGCUGCGGCUGGGCGGCGCGGCGGCGGCGCGCCCGCUGCUGCGCCUCACGCUGGCCGCGCGCGCCGCCCGCAGACGACGCGCGCUCGAUUGCGACGCGGCGGCACGCGGCCGUUGUUGCCGGCAGACAUAUUACGUGAGCUUCCGGGCGCUGGGCUGGGACGACUGGAUCGUAGCGCCCGAGGGCUAUUAUGCGAACUACUGCCGCGGCGCGUGCGCGCCCUUCCUGAACUACCACGCGCAGGUGGUGGAGGCCGCGCGGCUGGAGCGCGCCGCCUGCUGCGCGCCCGUGCGCUUCUCCGCGCUCUCGCUCAUCUAUUUCGGCGCUGACUCCAACAUCAUCAAGCGCGACCUGCCCGAGAUGGUGGUUGAGGAGUGCGACUGCCCGUAG